CAAGCAUUCAGUUGGUGACACAGGAUGUCGGGCCCAAAGCACAACGUGAACCCCGCAGAGUACGGCUGGACAUACCAGGGCUCCAACGCCCAGAGCCGAGUGGAGUACUGGCAGAACGACCAGGGCGCCAAGAUGGACUACUACUCAACUACAGGCACCGUCAAGACAUCCAUGGAGCACCCAAGCGCUGGCAAGACCCAGAUGUUCCCCCUUGACUUAAACGCCAGUUCAGAGAGGUCCUGAGCAACCCCCGUGCUCACACAGGGCAGGGCUAUCAGACCAAGGCCAACUGGAACAAGUACAAUGGCAAGUGAGCAUCAGCAGAGAGCCAGCUGGGAAAUGCUGCAGGAAUCCUUUAGGCCUCAAUGCCUGACUGCUGAGACUGCUGAGAAAGCGAUCUCAACUGUUGGUGUCCUCCAAUGUGAUGCUCGAGGAGGGCAGGCUGAUCUAAAGGCUGAUCAUCUGUCAAGUUUGUUCCGCCUUGUAAUGUAGAGUGUCCCAGUAGAUGCAGGUUGAUGGUGAGGGUUUGUCACUAAAUCUCCGGAGUAAAUUUUUGCAGCGAUGCAUGUAAGUGUGGUCAGGGAAAAUUUGGUUGUGGAGAAAUCAUAUGUAUAUUGCAGUGACACAAUUGUUGCUCAUGUAAUCACAGGUCACAAAAUGGGCCAAUGGGGUUCACGUACUUGUUACCACAUGUCCAUUAAUGCUGUGCUGGGCUUGCUGGCAUCAGAUUUGUGGGGGAUAUCCUGUGUGUGACUGGACUAGAUCUGCAAGUGUAAUGAAGCAAGUGUGUGCUCUUGGGCAGAUCUGCACAAUAAGUAGUACUGUAUUAUGCAAGUCGCGUUGGGUAUCAGUGCGUGCUCGAGAUUUUGUCGCGUGUUUUGUGAUUCCCUGCCAAGUAAGAAGGUU